UCUACGAUAAGGUCACAGUUUCCUGGUCAAGCACAUGCAUUGAUGGUUUUUGACCAUGAACCAAGUAAGGAUCAUGUGGGUUGUUAUCACUAUAAGAAUGCACUUGGAACACUGAGGUGAUCGCAGCAGAGAUCUUGAAAUCUUGAAACCUAGAGAGAGAGAGAGAGAGAUGUCGAGAACACCAUAUUUUGACAAAAAUGGAAAGAGAAAGGGUCCAUGGAGCAAAGAAGAAGAUGAUAAGUUAAGAGCAUAUAUCGAGAGAUACGGCCAUUGGAACUGGCGUGAGAUUCCAAGGUUUGCCGGCGUGUCUAGAUGUGGAAAGAGUUGCAGGUUGCGGUGGAUGAAUUAUCUCCGACCCAAUUUGAAACAUGGGAAUUUUACAAAAGAAGAAGAAGAUCUGAUCAUAGAAUUACAUAACGAGCUUGGCAACAAAUGGUCAACUAUUGCAGCAAAAUUACCAGGAAGAAGCGACAACGAAAUUAAGAAUUAUUGGAACUCCCAUUUGAGAAAAAGGUCUAAACAAGAUCAAAAUGUCUUGAAAAAUGUGCAUGAUGACACUCCUCGUGAAUCCAAUCAGACUAAACCGACAAAGAAUUCCAUGGAAGACCCACAGUUGGGGGAAAUGGAUGAACUUGAAGCGUUAUGGGCAUCAUUAUCUUCAGAAACGUCAUUUGCUGACACUCAUGAAUAUCCAUAUGUGACACAAUCCUCAGAAUCACGAUCAAUAUCAUCUUAUUCUUCAAGUGCAGAACUUACAUCUUCGAUGUUUAGCAUCUCCGAAUGCUUGGUUUCGAGUGGCGAUUCAGCGGUAGAAACAUACGGUGGCGAAUACGAUGGAAAUUUUUGGACAGACCCAAUCUUUCCAGAUUACAAUAGCACGAGAUCGACUGAAUAUUCUUCGGAUUUGGAUGUUGCCAAUGGUUUGGUUGCUCCCGCUGCUUGCCAUGAUUAUAUGGCCAUUGGUGACGAGUUUUUGUGGUCGACUAUGGAUUUAUAUUCCCAAUAUCAUAGCCAGUUCAUGAAAUAAACUUGCAGCCAAGUUUAUUGCUAGAAAGAAUAAUGUACAGCCAAGUUUAUCAAAUUAAAAUUUGUAUGAGCU